GCAAUAAACCCAGAAGAAGAAGAGUCAGAAGAGACGUGAGGAGGGAAGUUUAAAAACGAGCCGUUAUUCCGACAUUAAAACGUUAAAUUGUUAAAUUAAAGUUAAUAUUUAAAUCGUUUCCUGUUUGUUGAGGAGGAGAGCUCGCGCUUCUGAGUACCGGUGCGCGUAAACUUAACCAGGAUGCAGAGCUCCUUCCCCCUACUCUCUCCUCCCCCCUCUCCUCUCACUGCCCCCCUCCCCCUCUCUUCCUCCCCCUUUUCGCAAUGCUCUGAACUCGACCUGUCCAUCACACUCAGCCCCGCCCUGAAGAUUCACCACACACACCUGAAGCCCCGCCCACUGGAAACAACUCAGCAGAGUGACAAAUCACAGCCAAAGCCCUGCCUACAAGGCCAGACAGGCAGAAAGGUGCGUUAUAAAGAGCCGGUGGUUGUCACGGUAACUCCAGAGCCUCACAUCACAGUGAACAGGGGGACACCGCCUGAGCAGCCAAUCAGAGGUCAGAGAAGGAGCAGAGGACGUCACCAUGAAUUCUCGGAAAAGCAGGUGGAGCCUUCUCCUGCACUAUCCAAUCCAAAUCCAGGCUGCCUUGAAAGGGCGGAGCUAAACACCACUCUGGCUCUGAAGGCGGAGCUUCAGUCCCUGCAGGGGGCGGAGUUCAACACCCGGAGGGUCGUUCAGGAGACUAUACAGCGAUCAGAGAGAACUAAAAACCUGAUCAAUACUCGAGCUACUGAAGAAGUGAAUGUCUCUCGCUCUCAGGUUCUCUUCAGCUCAUUGGUCAGCGUGGAUGUUCUGGAGGAUCAGCUGAUCAGUCGGGUGUAUCAGGAGAGGCUGCCACUGGCCCUAACCCUAACCCAUGACAACAAGGCACAAGAUGUCCCCUCCCUCUUCCCCUUAAUGACAUCUCUUCUUCUUAGACAAAAGCCCCUCCCCAUGGAGGUGGGACCAAUCAGUGACACUCUCCGCCCACAAAGACAUCCAACAUGUUCAACGUUUGACCUUUACAGAAGAAGGUCACGCUGUGAGGCCACACCCUGAACAAUACAAAGAAGUGUUGUGAUUGGCUGGACUGUGAUGUUAAUUUAAAUUUUUAUUGAUUGAAUUGUUGAUAAUUUAGAAACUUAAUUUUUCAUUUUAAUCACAAUAAGUGAUAAUAAAGUGUUUUCAUCCUCUCUCGACUUCAUUAUCUCUUUUUUUCUUGGUUACUGUUUGAGAGGUAAUAAGGUGCAGCUAAUUCUUUAAAGGUUUUGACUUGAAACAGGAUGGUGUAUCGGUCAGGAUACAGAGUAAAUGAUGAGGAGUAGUUGGUCUUAAACUGCCUUGUGGUCCAGCAGUGUUUAUUCACUGAUAUCCAGUAUUGUACAUAUUUAUAUUUAGUCUGUAACAAAAAAGGUAAACAAAUUAAAUCUCUAGUACAAAGAUUGAUUAGUAAACAAACA